CUUCCGCUGGGCAAGCGCCUCUCCGCUCCUCCCUCCUCCCCGAAGCGAGGGAGCCGCGAGCGCCCGCCCCAAUCCCCGGGUCUUCCGCCGGCCCCUCCGCCCCACGCGGCGCUGCUGCUGCUGCUGCCAGCCUUCACCAACCCGCCGCCCGCCCUCCCGCCCGCCUCCCUGCCAGGCGCCGGCGAAGCCAGCAGAGCCGAGCGAGCGAGCGCCAUGCAGGAGCCGAGCGACUAGCGGGCCGCUGCCGCCGGGGAUGGGGCCGGGGCCGGCCGCGGGACUCUUGGCCCUGGGCGCCGGCCUGCUCCUGUUGCUGCUGCUCUGCCCAGGCUCCCGGGGAGGGAACUACCAGCGCCAACUGCUGAAGGAAUUGAUGGAAGAUUACAUCCCCUUGGAAAGGCCAGUCAGCAAUGACGCGCACCCCCUAACCGUCUACUUCACUCUCAGUCUCAUGCAGAUUAUGGACGUGGAUGAGAAGAACCAGGUGUUGACCACCAACAUCUGGCUGCAGAUGUACUGGUACGAUCACUAUCUGCGAUGGAACGAAUCAGAAUAUCCCGGGGUGAAGACUCUUCGCUUCUCUGCCGACCGGAUCUGGAAGCCUGACAUCCUCUUGUACAACAGUGCCAACGAAGACUUUGAUUCCACUUUCCACACGAACAUCCUGGUCAACUCUAGCGGCUACUGCCAGUGGCUGCCACCAGGCAUCUUGAAGAGCACGUGCCGAAUCGAUGUGCGCUGGUUCCCCUUCGACACCCAGAAGUGCGACCUCAAAUUCGGCUCUUGGACUUAUGAUGGGUGGCUGCUGGAUUUGCGCAUGAAGGAGGCGGACACAUCUGGCUACGUCGCCAACGGAGAGUGGGACCUAGUGGGUGUGCCCGGCAGUGAGAACAAAGCUUUCUACGAAUGCUGCCGGGAGCCCUACCUGGACGUCACCUUUGUGGUGACGAUGCGUCGCAGGACCUUGUACUACGCGCUCAACAUGUUGGUGCCCUGCCUGCUGCUCUCCGCCAUGACCUUCCUUGUCUUCCUGCUCCCAGCUGACUCUGGGGAAAAGAUCUCUUUGGGGAUCACGGUCCUUCUGUCACUCACGGUCUUCAUGCUGCUGGUGGCAGAGGUCAUGCCGGCCACGUCGGACUCCGUCCCGCUCAUUGGGCAAUACUUUGCUACCACCAUGGGAAUGGUUGGUUUGUCUGUGGUCGCCACUGUCUUCGUGCUCCAGUACCAUCACCACGACCCCGACGGUGGCUGCAUGCCCCGAUGGGUGCAAGUGGUUGUGUUGCGCUGGGGCGCGUGGCUGCUGCGCAUGCGCCAGCCUGGGGAGGAGCCGGUGGGGCGACCCCACUGCACCCCCAGCCUGCUCAGCUGCAGUUCUGACAACAGCCAAAGCAGUGCCACGCCGAAACCGCAAGGCUCCCCAGCGGUGGCCAACGGCAACCUUCCUUACACGGGCAGCCCGGUGGUGGCGCUAUCUGCCAAGCCUCCUGAGGUGCCGCGGCCUUUUCUGCCAUCCCCCGAGCCAUCCCCCUCUACCCCGGAGGAGCUACUCAGUGUCCCUGAGCUGGGCCGCAUCCUGGAGGAACUACGUUACGUGGCUCAGUACUUCCGGGGGCGGGACGCCGCCCAGGCCGCCUGCUCCCAGUGGAAGUUUGCUGGGGCCGUCCUCGACCGCCUCUGCUUGAUCACCUUUGCCCUCAUCCACAUUGUCUGCUCCAUCGGGAUCCUCAUGGCGGCCCCCAACUUUGCUGAGGCCAUCACGAAGGACUUCCUAUGAAGCCCCGGCAACAGACCCCCCUGAAGCGACGUGGUGGGCAUGGCCAUGGUAGUGGGAUGGGCGUGGCUGGAGACGCCACCGGCCUGCCAGGCUUUGCCAAGGGCAGUAGGCCUCGCAUGCAUUGGCGUUCUCAACCCUACAGGGACGGGCCUCUCAAGGCAGUCCACUGAACACCACAGUCUACCCGGCAUGCUGAAAGGGAUCUCGCUGUCUCCCCCCAGUUCGCCCAAGUAGGGUUCCCAGCUCCAGGAUGGGAAAUGCCUGGAGAUUUCGGGGUGGAGCAUGGGGAGAGUGAAAUUUGGGGCGAGGAAGAAGAAGAAGAAGAGUUUGGAUGUAUAUGCCCCCUUUCUCUCCUGCAGGAGACUCAAAGGGGCUUACAAUCUCCUUCCCCCCUCACAACAAACACCCUGUGAGGUGGGUGGGGCUGAGAGAGCUCCGAGAAGCUGUGACUAGCUCAAGGUCACCCAGCUGGCCUGUGUGGGAGUGUGCAGGCAAAUCUGAAUUCCCCAGAUAAGGACCUCAUUGAGGUGUAAUACCAUAGAGGCCACCCUCCAAAGGAGCCCUUUCCUCCAGUGGGACUGGUCCCUGUAGUCUGGAGAUCAGUGGAAAUUCCAGGAAGGCUUCGGCCUCCACCUGGUGGUUGGUGACCCUACCAAAGACAGAAGAUUCUUCCCCUCUGAAUUUGUACCCUGCUCCUUUUUGUGACCGUGCAGAACACUUUUUUUAAAGUAUGAGGAGCUCCAAAAUCCAGGAGCCGGAGGGUUGUGUUUUUUUUAAACAUGAGGCAGGAGGCAAAUUUAAGGGAAGGAACCUCGACUAGGCCCCGUGCCUCUCCUUGUGAACCGUGGCCAUGGAUGCUGGGGCCGUUUUCAGCCUGUGAGAUGGAAACCCGUUUACCUCAGCGUUCUUGUGAGGGCAGAAAAGCAAUAAAGUUUCUGAAGCACUUUG